AUGAAUAUCCACUGGCGAACGACGAGACGUUUGCAGAGCCCGAACCUUGUUGCUCUUGUGAGGCUCACAGAACAAGGUGCGGCGCUCAAGUCAUCCGAUCGCAUCUACUGGGGAGAGGUUUCCCACCACCCUCCUCAUGGAGGAAAACCCCAGGACGAAGCUCGCAACAGAGAGAACGGCUAUCUGGCCGUGAACGUGUCGUCCAUUGCCGGGUUCGAGGAGGAUGCAUUCACGGAGGGGGAUUCCACUGCCAUUAUCGACUGCAUGACCUUCGUCCCUGAGUACAUUCCCGUCUUGAAGGCGCUUGAGAAGCAGAGGCAGGGGCAGAUGCCAUUUGAGGCCAGUGCACGCGUCAUAGUCUCGUGCGUGCUCAAGUGGGUGCCGGAGCAAGCGAAGUGUCUCACAUUGUUUCACUAUGCUGAGGAUGGAGCUCUGCUGAAUCUUUGUUCUUGGCACAGACCAGACCUUGGCAACUUGCUGGAUCCCGAUGCAGAUCUCAGCAACUAUCGCCUUUUGGUGGAGUCCAUGGUGGAAGAGAGCAACUUGCUCCCAAUCAUGGCUGUCCGCCGAGAUCCUGUUCUGUCGGAGAAGAUGUGCGAAGAUUUGGUGGUGCUUCUGAAAGAAACCACCCUGGACGAGGGACAGUUGCGGAGCUUCAUCGAUGGCCUGAAGAGCCCAGUGCACUUGACUCAAGGACCACCUGGGACAGGAAAGUCUUACCUUGGCGUGGUCAUGGUGCGUGCGCUGAUGAUUGUUCGCAAGUUCUGGGUCAAGGUGGAUGAAUCCGUCGGCACUCCACCUAUCCUCGUUCUCAGCUACAAGAAUCAUGCCAUUGACGAGUUUUUGAUUGAUCUGAUCAAGGCUGAAAGGCGGCUGAACCAGUCAUCCGGACUCAUCCGCAUCGGUGGCGGCGCUUCGCUGGACCAGCGUCUUGGGGCUUUCUCAGAAAGGACGUUGGGUCGACAGGACUAUGAGGUGACGUCUCUGAAGUCAACAGUCCAGUGGCUCCAUGACCUGGGCUCGGCAUGCAAAACGUUGUGCAGCCGCACGAAGAGCUUUGGAGGAUAUCAGGCUGACAUGCUGGCGCAGCAUUCGAACGAUGACCCGACAGUGGCGCAGAAGAAGCGCAACAGAAGUGCCUACGAUGCGACCGAAAUGCUCCUGGCCAGCUUGGUGUGCAUCCACCGCUUGACGAGAGCCAAGAGUCUUGACGAUGAGUAUCAUGACAGUGACGACGCCAGCUUGUUCCAAGACGUGGACUUUAUCCGAGAAGAUCUGAAUGAUCCUCGAAGACGCUGGACGCAGAGGUCUCUCCACCCGUCGCAGAUUUUCGCAGAAGUUCACCAACUUCAGUCUGGAAUUGCUCACUAUGUGGAGCUGGGGCAUACUGGGCUUUCGGAUCCAAGUUCCGACCUCAAAACCCAUUGCUUCGCUUCUUUUGGUGGCCUGUUCUGCGCGUUCUGA